CAAGCCCUCUACUCUCUCCCCUUUUCUCACGCCACCUAUUGCCUCUUGACUUAAGACGGACCUGUUCGCGCUAGGUUGCACUAUCUACUUCAUCCUCCUGGGCCACACCAUCUUCCCAGACAUCGGCGAUAGGGAUGAGGAGGCCUGGGAGAAGGUGGAAGAUAGGCUCGCGAAGGAGUGCCGUGCAGCCGCAAGAGAGUGUGGCAGGCAUACCGGGGCUAUCGGACACUAAAAGCAAUAACGACCGCGAGCUAGCUAACCAAGACCAAGUCAAUAUCGGCCGUCGUCGACGUCGCGGUGCCGAUGAUGGAGAGCAAUGCGGUGCUGCUGAAAACGGCGAUACGGAGCACGGCCGGAAUGAUCAGCUGCCGCGCAAGCGCCGCCGGACUGCAACUCUAGGAACGGCGCCCAAGCCGCAGGCACGUCUGCAAUGUGCCAGCUCCCGCUCACCACAGGCUCAGAGGCCACCAAUUCAACCCAAGCCCCGCCAAAGACUUCCCGCAUUGGAAAGUCCAGCAACGCAAGUCACCAGCAAAGAGGACUUCCUCGACAAGGCGGGCCCCUCUUUCAGGAGUGGCUUCCGCGGUUGAGAAGGUUCAGGAAGGCGAGUAAUUCCAGGUCGAAAAGAUUCUGGGUUCACGACGACGAGGGGGGCGGCGGGAGUACCGGGUCAAGUGGGAAGGGUAUGGGCCCGAGCAUAAUAGUUGGAUGCCGAUUUCGCAUUUCAAGUAAUAUCCUCAGAUGCUACAGUUUCACAAGAGGACAGGCUCAGCUUAGGUGGGUGCUUAGGAGGGCGUGACGUGCAGGGUUGACAGAGAAUCGCUCGCCCUUGUCGAUGUUCCACAUCCGGACUUGGCAGCGACAUGAUGAAU